AUGGCGGGGGUGGCGUCUUCGGCCAAGAAUGUCACGUAUCCGACCAGGUCGGGCAUCAAAGUGUGGGUCGACCCCGACACCCCCGAGACCCGCCACUCGUACACCAGCUCGCGCGGCCGGAAAUGGGACUUGGUCAUGAGCGACGAGUUCAACGUGGCGAACCGCAGCUUCCGACCGGGUGACGACCACAUCUGGACGUCCGUGGAGAAACCCGACGGUGUCAACGGCGCUAUGGAGCUCUACUCGCACAACAUGACCUCAACUCAGUGUGACGACGACGGAACGUGCUACUUCUACAUCAAAUCCAUUGACGAGGAGAAUGUCAUCAAUGUCUACAACAUGUACACGCACCCUCCAGGUUACGUGGACGCCUACUUCUUCUACCGGUCGGCCAUGGUGCAGUCGUGGAACAAGUUCUGCUACCAGGGAGGCAUGGUCGAGACGCGCGUCCAACUCCCCGGAGCCGUCACGAAAGCCUCGGGUAACCCCGACCUGGCGCUGGGGAACAACGGCAGGGUCAAGACGGGCAAGUACUACCCGACUUGGCCCGGUGUCUGGAUGAUGGGGAACCUGGGUAGAGCUAUCUUCUCCGGGUCCACGAACCGCAUGUGGCCGUUCUCCUAUGACAAGUGCGAGCCCGACCUGUUCGACCCCAAGAACCAGCGGAUCAGCGCGUGCGACGACAACCCGGGCUACGGGUUGAACCCGAACCAAGGCCGCGGCGCCCCAGAGAUCGACGUGCUGGAAGGCAGCGCGUCUCUCAUCUCCUCGUCGCUGCAGCUUGGCCCCGGUAUGCCUGCUGAGUAUCGAAUGUUUGACCUGAACUAUUCGACUGGGGACUUCUACGGCUGCUUCUACACUGCUAGCUGUCAGACUCUUGGAGCUAACUACAUCGACGUCCCCACCGCGUACUACAAGAAAGAGCGCGGCCACAAAUCCUGGUACCAAGGGCUUCGCUACGCGGCCAACAACUUCUGCAAAUCGGACUCCACCCAGAAGCAGAGCUACAAGACCAUCGCAGCAUCGUUGACGGCUGGGAUCACCAACAACACGUGCUCCUUGUCCACUUGUCCCGCUUCGAACGAUGUCAACGCCGACUUGAGUCUCAUUGAUGGAGUUGGGGAUGAUCGCUGGGGAAUCAACUCGAACGGCACGUGCUACCCGCUCUUCAACGUCUACACUGGUUCUUACCUAUGUGACCCGGACAACACGUACUCCAAGUGUGCCAGCCCUCGAAAUGAGACCACCACCGCCAAGUCUUAUGCCAUGGACCCCUUCAACUACCAAAUGGACGCGAUCUCGUCCAACUGGCCCGUGCACCUCGGCGCGUACACCGACUUCGUCACGUAUCAACUGGAGUGGGUGACCGGCAAGAACGGCUACGUGCGGUGGAUGCUGCAGGGCAGCCCCCUCUUUGAGGUGCCGUCUGCAUCCAUCUUGGACGUGCCGCAGAACUCCAACAAGACCAACCCGCAGAAGAUCAUGCUGGAGGAGCCCAUGUACAUCAUCGCCAAUGUGGCGCUGUCGAGCUCCUGGGGCGCUACGCCUCCCAACCCGGGCAAGAGUUGCCGCGGCAACGGCACGGACCCUGUAGCCAACAAGAUCUGCGACUCGUUUCCCAUGUACUUGAAGAUCGACUACAUCCGACUGUAUCAGGACCUGGCCGAUGACCUCGACGCUGACAACUACAUGUCCGUCGGCUGCGACCCCAAGACCCACCCGACCAAGCAGUGGAUCGAGGGCCACAUCGACGAGUACGAAGACAACGACAACAAGUGGGUGGAGGUCACCGGUAAGGCGUUCUGCAAGUCGCACGACGACUGUACUAUCGGCGGCAGCAUGGCGAGGACACCAGUCAAGACGGGCAGGUGCGUCAACCAGCGCUGCGAGUGUCUGUACAAGUCCUGGGGCGGCCCGCGCUGCACGACGGCGAUCGCGGGGACUUCAACGUCGGGCAGCACUACGUACGGCCCGCCGUUGUGGGCCUCCAUUGCGGUUACCUCCAUUGUGGUCGUGCUGGCGACGAUCUCCAUCUACGUCUCGACAGUGCGUGCAGCGCAGAGGAAGAAGGCGGCCAUGAGGUACGCGCACGUCCAGAAGGUCGUGGACGUAAGCCCCUCGCAGCCGCAGGUGCUCACGAAAGAGAACAGUCAGGGCUAA